AUGGCUUCUGAAGACGUUAUUAAUGGAUUAGAUGAAAAGAACAGGACUUUCAUCGAUGUAAAACAGUGGAAAGAUGAGACAGGAAAGUCUGUCUUUCAGCAUUUGACGGAAGGCUUCGCGGGCGAUGAUGAAGCAGCUCUACAACAUCCCACUAAACAGUUUGCAGUUGCCGAUGGAGCAGUUCUGAGAUAUCGGGCACCGUUCAUACGUGUUAUUAAACAUGACGCAUAUUUUGAUGCCUUUAAUGUCGUUGUCGAAAGUAUGCUGAAUAGAUUGUCUCCUAUGUGGCUGGCUUAUACGUUUGCUGACGCAUUUGUGCAGGUGCAUGCUGACCAGUUAACAGCAUACAGACAGGACUACGUGGAAGGUGAAUACCAUCAAUCAGAUGGUGGUACAUGGUGUCGACAGAUUAUUACUAGUAUGCAUGCGUUUGCGAAAAGAAUCCUCAGUGGUGAAGAAAACCUGCGAGUUCGUCCUGCAGAAUGGGAGCAGUUUCCCAUAUCGUGUGAAUCGGAGAAAGGUCGUCGUCAAAAGCAGGAAGAUCGAAUGCUCGCUAUGCCAACACUCAGUCUUGUUUUUCCUGAGGUUUCUAGGUCCGAUGUUGGUCUUAUGGCUGUGUUCGAUGGUCAUGGAGGUGCUGAAUGUUCUGCUUACUGCUGCGCACAUCUACCGGCGGAAUUCGUUCGAGCGUUGAAUGCCGAUCCAACGUCUUUAGAGAAAGCAUUAAGUUGUGCAUUUGAGCGACUCGACAUUCGUUUGUUCGCACGGUGCGAAAACGAGCGAUGGCGAAGUGGAACCACUGCUGUUGCUGCUGCAAUAGAUGAGAAAAGUAUUGUAAUUGCGUGGAUAGGAGAUUCUGCAGCUUAUGUGCUUACAUCUCCUGACAAUCUUCGGAAAGUUACGAGGGCUCAUGUGCCAUCGAAUGAGGAAGAAGCACGCCGUGUUGAACAGGAUGGUGGACAGUUACUUUACAUUCAGGGAGAGCUUCGUGUUAAUGGAGUUUUGAACCUAACAAGAGCUCUUGGUGAUAUUGGUGGGCGGCCUAUGAUUAGUUCUAGAGCAGAUACCUUGGUGAUUGAGAGAGACACUUCGCAUUAUCUCUUAUUGCUUACCUGCGACGGGAUUUCCGAGUUGUUCAAUACUGCAGAAGUUUUAGAUAUGGUGAAAUCCUUUGUAGCCAAAUACAACUUUAAACAGUACUACGACCUAUCUGAUCAUAUUUGUCGUGCUGCGUUGUCAGGUGGCAGUAUUGACAACGUAACAUGCGUUGCUGUUUUUCUCCGCCCUCCACAAGACCUUUGGGAGCUAUUCGGUGAAAAACAAUAG